GGUAGAAUGCCACUGUGCGAGUAUCAAAUGUUUCGGUUUAAGUUUUUUUUCGCUUCCGCGGGCAGGUGUAUCGACAGAGCAAGACAAGUGGCGAGCGGCUCUCAUUCAUGCUAUAUGCCGCUCAGACAAAAGUUUCAAUCCAUUGACAGCCAAAAUUUGUUCAAGGCACUUUGAAGAAGAGUGCAUUAAAAAAGGUCCUUCUGGAAAAGUCAUAGGACUAGUUCCUGGGAGCAUGCCAACUAGAUGGAUGCCUCUAAAAUCAUUGGAAACUCCGAAAACAACUAGACCCAAGCCUAAGGUACGGGAGCCCCCUGCCGUGCCAAUUCGUAUCGCCUACACUAGCUUCAUGGACAUGAAGAAGGAUUUGACUCAUCUGCCUCCUGAGUGGAUCAUCAUGAAAAAUUCUGAAGAUGCUGUAGUGCUUGGCUUGUUGUCAAGUAAAUCUGAAGAAGUAUAUGUGAAGGUGAGCUUUUCUGCAAAAACCGGGUUGCAGGCAAAUGUGAGUGUGUUUCAAAUACCUGCACCAUGGUUUGCAAGAGACAUUGAAAUGGUUAGGCUUAAAAUAUUUUUGAAAGAAUUGGGUGAAAAGACACUCUGCACUGCUGUCACUGAAACUGAUCUGCAACCAUUAGCUGAAAUUGAAAUCACUGAUAAGAAGUAUUUCCGACACAUUACCAAUAUCUAUGAGAAUGGUAAGCUCUGUUCUCAUUCAUGUGUAAGGGCAACUACCUGUUCACUGUUGGUGAGUGGUGCAGAAGCAACAUGCAAAGACUGUUUAUUGGUCAAGAAGACACUCUAUGAAAAAAAAAGCAGACAAGAAGCACGUUGCCAAGAAGCAAUAAGACCAAAUGACUCUCUCCAAGGUAUCCCUUAUGACAAACUGAAGGAAGCGUUUAAACAAGUCCGCAAAGAUAAGAGUAGGCUGGAGAAGGAUGUUGCUCAAUUUCUAGAACAUUUAAAACAGGAAUACAUGGACAUAGACCCUGAAUCUUCUGAUAGUCUGAAAACAUUUAAUUGCUUUGACAUGGGAGAACCUCUGCAGCAACUGUUCCGGGAAGAACAGAAGAAAGCAUUUGCUGCAGAGCAUCAUGGCCACAGUUGUAAUGAAUCAUUCAAUGCUAUGAUAACCUGUAACAGUCUUUGUGCUAGUGUAGUGAAUCCUAUAACAUACUCAGACCCUACAGAAGUAUGACUAAUUGUGUGUUAGCACUAUUUCAUAUUCUUGCCAAGCCCUCUGAACACAUGGACCUUAGAUUCUGUCAUUGAGUUUAAUAAUUUACCUUACCCUUCAAGGUAGUGAUUGAGUAUCUACAUUCAUAUUUCUAGCAUUUCUGUAACACCAAUGUGUUAUAUUUGCUGUAUCUUAUGUGACUUUUCCACGUUGUGAGAACAUCACUUACAUUUGUUACCAGUCUGUAUAAUUUGUUUUGCUCUUGUAUAUUGCAUAGUAGUACAUCCUCCAUUUGUGUGUCACCAUAAUUUACUGAUCAUCAUGUGAAUAGACUGAUACUCCUUUUUCAACAUCCGUAAGUAGUGUGUACAUGUAAAUGCUAUCACUCUAUAUAGAGUGAAGUGACUUGUGAUGUUAUGAAUGUGUGUAUGAUUAUAUAUAUGUCAGAGUCCAUGUUUGCUACUCACUGUAAACUUUAUUAAAGAAAGCUUUGUCCUCUGGUGUCAAGCACUUUUCAGUUUGCCAAGGACUGGUAAACAUCACUGAUGAUUUGUAAAUUUGUGUGGAAUGAGAUAAACAGGUUGAAUAUAUUAGUGAUUUGUUCAAUAAUUACUAUCUAAUCAGACCUAACAGUCAAAUGAAUACCUUUAUUCAAUGGAGAGCACUUUACAUCUAAAGAAGUCAACUGAAAUAUUAUCUUUUAUUCAUUUAUGCUUUAUGUUGAAGAUUUAUAUAUAAUUUUACCAUUUAAUAAUUAUAUUUCAACAUGCUUAAACUCAUAAACUAACAUUUGUGAUCAUUGAUGCUAAAAUACACUUUCAUAAAUUUGUCAACUAAAAUUAUUUGUUAAACAUGACUGACUGGAGGACUGGAGUACAAUGUCUAUGCUUAAUAUGUGCUUAAUAGUUAAACCUUGGCUGUGUCCAAUAAUAAAAUAUUGCACACAUUAUUGCAAGUUGUUUCAAGCGGCAACGCAAUGUUCGAAUCCCAGGACGUUCGCUCAAUCGCGCAGAGUGUAUCUGCACAUGCGUCGUCUCCCGAUAAAAAAAAAUAUUAGUCAGAAGAGCCGACGACAAUGAAGAUCAAUCAUCGAACGAUCAUCUAGAACUAGCAAACCGUACCGUGCGCGAGUCCACGCAUGAGAGAGAUGUGUAUUUGUAUAUGGUGGGUGUGUGCACCCGUUCUCUCAUCUUUUAUUUAAUCUGUAUUUUUUUCUCGUAAUUAUUUUUCUUUGCGUCUCAUGCGCGUGCGUUUCUGCGGGACGUUGGAGUCUGCAUGGCGAGGAUUUUUCCACAGUGGCAAUAAAACUGCUUCGAGCCUGCGUUUGCGCGCUUGAGCAAAGGUUUGAGUA